GCUUUCCUCCACUCGUUAACCACCUGUGACGGCAAACAGGAAAUCUCAAACAUUUAUCAAGCAGAUUUUCACUGGAAAAGCAGCUAUUUUUAUAAAUUUUAAGAAGGCGAGAAUGGAGGAAUUUUCUGGUGAAGAGGGCUCUUUCAACUCUGAAGAGGCCAGUAACUCCGUGAAAGAGUGUAUUCAGAGUAUCAUUGGAGAAGAGAGCUACAGACAGGACACUGUGAACCAGUGGACAGCCAAGAUUGUGGAGCAAGCCCUCACCCUGCUGGUCAAACAGACUAAGUCAUACAAGUACAUUGUUAGUUGUGCUGUCAUGCAGAAGAGUGGUGCUGGUCUCCACACAGCUAACUCCUGCUACUGGGACACUGUUACCGAUGGGAGCUGCACAGUGAAAUGGGAGAACCGCACCAUGUAUUGUGUGGUCAGUGUGUUUGCUGUGGCCUUAACCCCCUAGACCAGCACCAACCCUGAUACUGCUUAUAGUAGGUGCAAUGCUUCACUCAUCCUGCAGGGGAGGUAUUCAGUAGCUCACUGUACAUUCUAUGCUGAAUGGGACAAGCAGCGAGACGGCUAUAGAUGUGGUAAAGUGGUGAAUGGAACUCGACCAAAACAAUGGAAAUGCAUGUAGGAAAGAUCCUGACUCUCCUAAUUGCCCUCACACAAACAAUAACCUUAUUUUUCUGAUUUGACAAGACAUGUUCAUGCCAUCAAGAGUCACGUUUUUAAUGUCACAUGCACAAGUACAGUGACAUGUCUUUCUUGCAAACUCAAAACCCAACAGUGCAGUGAUCAAAAACAAUGUAAUACUAGAAGAAGAUAAACCAACUGACGACCACCACUGACUUCUGUAUGCUAGCUAUGCUACCAGCUUAUAGGAAUGAGAGUUAGCAUUUAGCAGUCACUUCUAAACCUGAAAAGGGACUACUUCUAAAUGUUAUGCAGUGAAAACAGCCAAGUAUAUCCAAAUCGAACUUUAGUAACCACAUUGUUGGCCCGUUACAAUACAUCAAUCAUGACGGAUUUGACAAAUAUAUACUUUGUUGGAUCAGAUUUGUUGAAUGUGCACCAAUCCUGCGUCCUUCUAUCCCCACGGUCUGCGUUCCAUUGACCUAUUUACUGCAUCUAUUGAAGUGCUCUGGAUGGGCUGAAAUGCUGUCUACCCUGAAGAGACUUUAUUCAUUGACUUUAAAUGCAUCAGUUGAAAUCUUCCUAUUAUGACAGCUUGGCUUCAAAGCUGCUACCAUACGAUACCAAUGUUCCAACUAUAAUGUUGGCUUUACUUAUAAUGAAUAAAUCCUUAUUUUGGAGGGUGCUUCUAUUUGUCCUGAUGUCCCACUUGAUAUAAGGUGAGGAAAAGCAGUGUGUUUAUGUACAUUAUUUUACACCACAGAUCAGAUGAACUUGCUUUAGGAAAUGCUAUGGAAACAGAUCACAGGAUAUUGUAUACAGAUACGAUUUCAAGUUGCAAUCAUUGUUUAAACAAAUGAAGAAUAAACAAGUUUCCAUAGAAAUAAUAAUAUUCCUGUAUUUUUGUGGGGUGGAAGAUGCCAUCGAUAGACUGUAGGACCCAUUGCUGAAUGUCAUUAAACGUUCAAAUUAACCCUU